AAAGGGAUCCCAAUACCGUCGGCACUUUCAAUAGCUCUCGAACAAGCCACGAUGAUCCUCAACCUGAGUGUUGUGCAGCUGCUAUUCUUGCCGCCUGUGCUGCUGCUAUUGUCGGGCCUAGCGCUCUUCAACUUUCAGAACGUCUUCCGCUUCCUCACCAUGAACCUCAAAAGUUACAUGACGAUUCCGGCCGUGCAAUCGCUCAAGCCCUACGCCGACAAGUUGCGCUACGCUCUGGAGCAAGUGCUGGGCAAGGCGUCGUCUUUCAAGUUCAAUGUAUCGCAUGUGCUCAUGAUGGCGGUGGUGAUCAUGUUGAUCGCCAUCUACGACGCCAUCCAGAAGAACAACCAGCUCCAGGAACAGCAACUCAAGCUACGCCAGAAGAGCAAGCGCGCGUAGAUCUAACCAGUUGACCGACACGUUUUCCCCAAAAAUUCAGGGAGAUAAUGCUUACCGUCCAUGUAUCGUAACACCUUGCUAAAGUUUUGAAACUUAUACUCCAUUUUACUUAAUCGUGAGUACAAGCAAGCUACCUAGAAGAAAAAAGAAAUUCACAUGCAGCUACAACGC